AUGGAACAAAUAUUAUAUGGUAUAUCUAAAUUUUUUAAAUAUAAUUUAAUAUUAAAUCAGAUUGAACAAACUGAACAAGUUCAACAAUUCAUGAUUGAUCAAAUAAAGUAUAAUGAUAUAAGUAAAAAAUUAUACGCAAUUAUACAUAACAAUAGUAAUGCACAAUAUCUAGUCGAAAUUAAUACACAAACCUUACAAAUUUAUCAGAUCGUGCAAGUUGUUGUCAGGACAAAAAAUUUUGAUUAUAAUAUUUGUGGCUUUGGUUAUAUUAAAUCCGUUGGUUUAAUUGCAUUAUGGCAAUAUAGUAUAAUUACACCCAUGAUAUUCAUAAAAGUAAAUGAACGAAGUAGUAAACAAAUACAAAAUGUAACAAUAACACCAAAAUGGUUAUUUUCAUAUGAUUUGAGUUUUUUUAUUUUUAUACUAAUAAUAAAAACUGGUUCAUGUUUAAUUUGUUAUCAAUGUGAUGAAAUUGUUGUAACAGCUAUGAAUUUAACAACACCAUCGGGUUGUAUCAAAAUCGAUGUCAACAAAACGUAUUGUACAAUAGGAAUUAUUUUUAAACAUUAUGGUAAAGGAUACAUAAAUAUUGCAUCAGAAAUAUACCAUCGAGCAUAUGGAUACAAUGAAGAUUUUGUUCUACUUGGCUUAACAAUAAAAGCAGUGGGUCAUAUGAAUAUGGUUUUACUUAUUCAUUGUUUAACAGACGACUGUAAUGAGCUAAAACUUAGUAAACUUCAAUUAUUAUUGAAUUCAACUACAAUAGAACAUAAUACAGACAUAAUUUUACCAUUAUUAUACAUGUCAACGCCUGAGAUUCCAUUAACAUGUUCAAGAUAUACAAAUUUUACAAAUCCUAAUGCAUGCUAUUCACAAAAACAAUCUUGCAUUUUAUGUGUCGCAUGUUUCACAUCUAUUAAUGGAAUAACAAAUUCUAUGUGUUCCGACUAUUUCAACAAUGCUGAAAUGAUUUCUAAUCUUCUUGAUGAACGAGCAUAUAUAUUAAAAACAAGAAAAACAAGUAAUCAUAAUUUUGUAGCACACUGUAACAUUCGAAAAUGUAAUAGAAUAGCCUUUGCUAUGUAUCCUGAAAGCUUCGCAUAA